CACCGUGCCCAGCCUAAUUUUUUUUAAGAACUAGAGAACUAUUUUUGUAAACUAACUUUGCCAAUUUCUAGCCCUACCAUAGUGCACAGCACUAAUUUUCACUGUACAAUAUAUGGUAUGCCCCAACAUGUAAGAAAUGAUAACAGUAACACAUAAAGAUUAAUAUAAAACAAGACUGUCAUUGUUGCUAUCAUCUUUGUCAAAUUCUCUAAACAAUCUAAGAGUAUAUUUUUAUAUAAAUGUGCUUAGCAACAUAGCUGGAAAAAGCAUUAUUAGUUACAUGUAUUAGUAACAAAGACAUACAUUUUAAGGGGUAAAAACACUUGUACUAAAAACACAAUGUCAGAAUUAAUAUAAAAAUUCUGCUGGUCACAUUUGACUAUUUAAUUGCCUGGGGCAGUGUUUUGUAGACAAAUGAGCACCUAUGGAGCACCUGAAGUUGGGGGGAAUCAAUGAAACUUGAGUUUCAAAGUUAUCUGGGUUUAAAGUGUGAAACUUUGUUGGAGGACACACACCUUGUGUGAGCGAGAUGCCUCUGUGUGUGUGGAUGUGUUGGAGGUACAGCAUAAUGGUGGCUUCCUCCAGAAAGGGACAUUUGGGGUGGCUUCAUUCCAUCUAGACAACACAGCCUGAGGUGACAUGGCCAUGAAUGGAGGUGCAAUGGACAGUAGCUGAGAGGAUCAGUCCUGACAAGGGCCAAGGUGAAAAACCUGGGAGCCCCUUCACGUGCAAAGUCUUCAGGUGAAAAUGGAGGUGGUUGCAGGAAAUACUGAGAUAGAUCAGCAAUGCACGGGGGAGAUAGUUUUUGGCCCUGCGGAGCGAGAAGUGUGGAUUCUCAAGUUUUCUCCUGACUCCAUUAAUUUCUCUUCCAAUGCAGAGUUCUUCAAUAACAGAAUUCCCAACCUCCCUGAGAGACUAGAGGAGCUUCGGCCCACUCUUGAAGCCUCUGAGGAGUCCCCAGCUCACGACGGCAGAGGAGAUGCAGAGAGGCCGGUCGACGUGUGGGUGAAGCCGGUGGUCCCUCUGAGGUGUGAUUCUAUUCCCCUUGAGGAUGCUGACAAAGACAUUGCUAAUGAAGAUGCUGUGGAAGGUAUCACCAAUGAAGAAGCUGUGAAAGACAUUACUAACGAGUGUGUUCUAGAAGACAUCACUAGCGAGGAUGAUGUGGAAGAUCUUGUAGAAGACAUCACUAAUAAAGACGCCAGAGAAGAUAUCUCUGAAAAAGAAGAUGCCCACACACCGUAUGUCUUGGAGACUGAUUUGGUUCUUGAGAGCCUGUCCGAGGACGACUUUUCAGAUUAAAGGGAUCUCCCGGGGUGAGUGACGGAGGCGGGAUCGGACCUGGCAGUCUGACGGCAGC